UGUUAUUAUUAAUUCUCACAAUUUAAUAAACUAAUUUAUUACAUUAAAAUCGUCUCUAAUAUUCAAUUUAUACAUUCCAUACUCUAAUAAAACUCUGUCAACUUAAUAACAAAAUUCUCUUAUAUAUAAUAUUAAUACUCUCUGAUAUACUGGAAUCUAUAUUUAAACAUAUAAUUAAUGCUAGGAAUCUUGAGGAAGGAUGUAUAUACACAUAAAUUGGGCUUUACAUUUUGGUGAAUAGAUUUAAGAAUUUGUUUAUUAUUUACAACAUUUACCUAAAAAAUAAAAACAGUUCAUUUAUUAUAUCGCAAUGAUUUUUGUAUUCUUAUUUUACAAUUUUUGCUGCUGUUUCGCGCUGAGAACCAGCCCACAUUCGAGGAAGCUUUUUUUCAUAAAUUCUAGCCCUCCUCUUCAGUUCAACAAUAGAAUUCAGAAACUUUACGAAUACGAUGAAUCAUUCAAUGAUCUUGUAGAUAAUUAUGAAUCCCAGGAGGAUUCUCAGCAUUACCAAGAAGGGUCUUUCCAGCAAAAGGAAGUACCCCGUGAUCACUUCGAUUUAUCCGCAAAUUCAGUCACGCUCUGUGGAAGGAUCGGAUUCAUAGCUGAACCUACUGUUUUUCCAAGUGGAUUCAGGGCUUUAAAACUAUCUAUUGCUACUUCAGAUAGGGAGAAAGACGGAAUAGUUAAAACGCAAUGGCACAGAGUUAUCCUAUACGGAAAUCGAAAUGUGGACUACGUUUAUUCCCGAGCCAGGGUUGGGGACAAGGCUCUUGUGAUUGGUCAGCUUAAAUACUACAAACCUCAAAAUUUCGACGCAAGUGGAGUUAGUCGGCCUAAGAUCGCUGAAGUUUCCGUGAGUUCACUCAGGGGAGGUGACACCUUCAUAUUAAUGCCUAAGAAUCCUUCUAAUCCUGAGAAUAAUUAUGUCGCUGCAAACCAACAAAUUUACCCAGAAAAUUUCUAAAUGUUUUACAAAACUUAUGAAUUUUUAUUAAUUCGUU